AGGCGCAGGCGGUGCUGGCUGUGAUAGUGGUAGUCCGUUGUCCUGUCCUCAAUCUCCGCACGAUCCCUCGUCUUCAAUCUCCACAACGCCGAGUGGAGGCGGGAAACAAACCCCGCCCGCCUCCAAAACCAGGGAGAGAGAGAGAGAGAGAGAGAGAGAGAGAGAGAGAGAGAGAGAGGAUAUGGCGACGUUGGACGUGGACAGCAUUCUCGGGGAUGCUCCUCAUCCCAUCGCGAAGACGAAGAUUAUUUGCACGCUGGGACCGAAAUCGAGGGAUGUGCCCAUGCUGGAGAAGCUGCUGAAGGCCGGGAUGAACGUUGCUCGGUUUAAUUUUUCUCAUGGAACGCAUGAGUAUCACCAAGGCACGUUGGACAACCUCCGCCAGGCGAUGAUUAAUUCUCAGAUCCUCUGUGCUGUACUUCUCGAUACCAAGGGUCCUGAAAUCAGAACAGGCAAACUGAAAGAGGGCAAGCCAGUUCAGCUCAUGCAAGGGAAGGAGAUCGUAAUCUCGACGGACUACAGUCUGGAGGGCGAUGGCGACACCAUCACCAUGAGCUACAAGCGGCUGCCUGUGGACGUAAAGCCAGGGAACACUAUUCUCUGCGCAGAUGGCACCAUCACUCUGACGGUGCUGGAAUGCAGUCCCACACAGGGAACGGUGAGGUGCAGGUGUGAAAACAGUGCCAUGCUCGGCGAGCGAAAGAAUGUCAACCUCCCUGGAGUCAUCGUCGAGCUUCCCACCAUCACCGAAAAAGACAAGGAGGACAUCCUUGGUUGGGGUGUCCCGAAUUCGAUCGAUUUCAUUGCGGCAUCCUUCGUCCGCAAGGGGCAGGAUGUCAUCAACAUCAGAAGGAUCCUUGGACCUCAUGCAAAAACUACGAAGAUUAUCUCGAAGAUCGAGAACCAGGAGGGGCUUGUGAACUUCGAUGACAUUCUGAGGGAGACCGAUGGAGUGAUGGUUGCCAGAGGGGACCUGGGAAUGGAGAUCCCCACUGAGAAGAUCUUCCUUGCGCAGAAGAUGAUGAUCAUGAAGUGCAACUCCGCUGGAAAGCCUGUCAUAACGGCGACACAAAUGUUGGAGUCGAUGAUAAAGUCUCCUCGCCCUACUCGUGCAGAAGCCACCGAUGUGGCCAAUGCGGUUUUGGACGGAACCGAUGCCGUCAUGCUGAGUGGGGAAACGGCCGCGGGAGCCUAUCCUGAGGAGGCGGUGAAGGUGAUGUCGCGAAUUUGCCGGGAGGCGGAAGCCUCGCUCGAUUACCAUGCAAUCUUCAAGGCCAUCAUCAAGGAGACUCCCCUGCCAAUGAGCCCGCUGGAGAGUCUGGCCUCGUCCGCGGUGAGAACUGCCAACAAAGUCAGGGCCUCGCUCAUCGUUGUGCUGACGAGAGGAGGCAGUACUGCAAAGCUUGUGGCAAAGUACAGGCCGUCCAUCCCGAUUCUCUCGGUUGCUGUGCCUGUUCUUACCACCGACAACCUGUCUUGGUCCAUCAGCGAGGAGGCGCCUGCGCGGCAGAGCUUGAUCUGCCGAGGUCUCAUUCCCCUUCUCGCAGAGGGAGCAGCAAGAGCGACCGACACCGAUACAACGGACGAGAUCCUGAACGCAGCGCUGCAGUGGUCAAAGAACAGAGGACUCAUCAAGCCAGGAGACUGCAUCGUGGCUCUCCACAGGAUUGGUGUCGCUGCGGUGAUCAAAAUCGUUGACAUCAAGUGAGCUGCAUCUUCAACGAAACGGGUGCAGUGAAACGUCGACCAGAACUAUCCAGCCGUGCUGUUGCACAUAUGCCACGAGAGGAUUUGGAGCGAGGGACGAUGCUGUUCAUGGUUCAGGUCUGCGAUUGCGAUUGCGGUGAGUCGUCCUGUGAUGGUGUGAAUUGGUGCUGCGGACAAUAUCCUCACGGCGAUGUGGCGUCUACUUCAUGGGAGUAGCCUCUAUGUUCGGUAUGUGUUGGCCUUGUUUGCACUGGUAUUGACGGUCCGGAAGUGCAGUGGGUUGCAGUGGGAGUAAUUGUGGUUCUGGAGAUCAUCAAUCUUUCACAUGAACUGCAUGUGCAGUGCAGCGGCAGCUGCGUCAAUUGCUCGAUAAAUUUUCUGCACCCAUGACGGCUGAGAUGAUGCCGAAUGUGCUGCGCAUGGUGAAACAGAUGUGCAUCGGAGAUGUGAAUUUCGUGGCUCCGUGGUGACAUGCAGAGAUGGGCGAUAGUCGUUUCCAUCAGUCAACGUGAAGCUGGAGGAAAUUGCUUCGAUUUCAAGAUGCGACGCUUGUGCUUAUUAAGUGAAAAGCUCAAGCUUGUCUGAAGGAAUGUAUUAUGUGGCACAUUUCAUUAUUAGUACGGUCUUAGAGCACCACUAUACCCAAUGGCGUCUCUUCAAAUCGCCCUUGUGUUCAAGGAAGGGUUUGAGUGGCAGUCCGCUCCCUCUCUCACUACUCUGCCAUUCUCUCUCUCUCUUUCUCUCUCUCUCUUUCUCUCUCUCUCUCUCUCUUCUCCUUCUCUCUCUGCCGCUCGUCAAAUGGACAACCCUCCGUCUGUCUCCCUCUCUCUCUUUGCCGGCCGGCCAGUCGGUCCAUCCACUGUCUCUCUCUCUCUCUCUCUCUCUCUCUCUCUCUCUCUCUCUCUAUCCUCUCACUCUCUCUGCAUAUCAAUCUAUUCAUCCACCCCCCCAUCCAUCCACCCACCCACGCAUCCAUCCCACCCACCAUGCGUCCAUCUACUCGUCUAUCUAUCUAUGUAUUAUCUAUACAUGUAUUGGAUCUAUACAUGUAUUGGAUUGGCUGGCCUUGCGCUGCCCAGGCCGCGCGCCGGACAGUUCCUUCAGUAUUUGUACAUCACCUUUGUUUCCAGUUCUUCGCAAAAAAAUGGAACCUCAUUGUCGAGGAUUUGCUGUUAUUCCGUCAUGUGGAAAUGAGACAACAAUCAUGGAUUCGAAAAUUCCUACCGCUCGCUUUGUCUUGCCAUCUUCAUUUUGUGAUCUUCUUCCCCUCUUGCAGUCAUGGCUCCUUAUUUUUCGGUUCAGGGUUUUCCCUUUAUGCUCAAAUGCAUAUCAAAUAACUUUCUUCAAGCAGCCCAACACUGCCUUUGCACGUCACUUCCACUUUGUUGUUUCCCUCUUUUGUUUUCCGGUCUGGCACCCACCCUUCCUCUCUCUCUCUCUCCCAGUCAUGGCAGCAUCCACCAUAUUCCUUUCUGACGAAGGCAGAGCUUGUGCUGGCCCUUAAUAUCAUUGCCUCGAACCCACCGCUAAUCCCGAUGGACUCUUCAGAUUGCCCGUGCGUACAAGGAGGGAUUUGUGGUGCAGCCUGCCAGACAGCCUGCAGGGGAGACUUAGGGUGACUUCACAACGACACAGUCACUGCUGACCUGCGCUGUUGGAUGUUUUUUCCUUACAUCAAGAGUCCGAUGAGAUGCAGAUGUAUAGCCCGGCGGUCCGGGGAAGGGUCAGCGACAGCGGUGUUUUUGAAGAGGAUGAUUCGUGGGAGAGUGAAGGACGUUCAUAUGUGGCCGAUUACGCGUGUUUGGUCUGUGUGAGAUGAUGACGUUUGUGAGUUUUUCCGUCAUUUCCUAUUUUCUUGAGAAGUGUGAGCUGAGGUUCGGCGACCUCAGGGCCAGUGGAGAGCGACAGGUCCGGGGAAGGGUCAGCGACAUUGGUGUUUUUGAAGAGCACGGUUCGUGGGAGAGUGAAGGACGUUCAUAUGUGGCUGGUUACCGGUGUUUGUUCUGUGUGAGAUUAUUACAUUUGGGAGUUUUUCCGUGAUUCCCUAUUUUCUUGAGAAGUGUGAGCUGCUUUGUGGGAGUUCGUAUGUUGCCUGUUGCACCCCUGUUUGUUCUGCGUGAGCAUCUUCGGCAGGUUCUUAUGGUCUCCUAGGGCAGGUUCAUAUGAUUAUGGGUCGCACAGUUUUUCCCUCAUUCUGUGCUUUCUGCGUUCAUAUGAUUAUGGGUGGCACAGUUUUUCCCUCAUUCUGUGCUUUCCGAGAAGUCGUAGCGGCUAGUCUGCAGGGUUUUUGCCAUGGAUAGACCCCAGUUAGAUGCUGAAAGAUAGGACUGAUUUUGGCAGGCUGAAUGGCACACCUCCUAUGGCGGUCCUCUCAAGAGCGGGUGCCAUGCAGCAUCGAAGGAUAAGAACGAGGCUUGGGAAUUAAUUAUAGUGAAGCUUGUUGAUGAUAGAGCUGAGUGCCACUUGCAUUGGACAGAGUACCUGUUUACCUUUCUCACCGGUGCGUGACUGAGUUAUGCAUCCUCUGCCACUAUGGUGGAAAUGGAGGGAGUUGAGGGUUGGAACUGAAUGUAGGAUUGGUUUUGGAAGAGCAUCAGGAGUGAGAAUUGUUGUUUAGCGUUGCGGAUAAGGCAGAGAAAGUGCGUAAUUAGUUUGCAGGAAGGGUUGAGUUUUUUGGUGAGCGCGUAAUUAGUUUGCAGGAAGGGUUGAGUUUUUUUUUUUUUUUUAAUGUAUUUUUUUUGUAUUUUUUGUUACAAGUGGUUUUGCCAGCCGCAGCUUAGCUUUGGUUGUGGCACAACAGAACAGAAAUGUGCGGGGGCAUUUCUCUUCGCAGUUAAUUUCUUGGUGCUAUUUGGGUUGGUUGUGGUGUUAUGUCCACGGUGUGUGGUACCAUUCGUGUCAGUUGUGUUGUGUAGAUUGGGUGCAAUAAUUUGGGGCUGGGCGGCCACUAUGCACGUGAAACAUACCCGCAUACAAUCAGUACACAGUUCCCAAGGGCAUUGAAAAAACAAGUGGAGGUGGCUCGGCUAUGCCUGGGACACGGAGGAAGAGGAUGCAAAGGAGGGCAGAUGUGGAGAGGCAGAGAGUGUCUAGGAUGGGGUGACGACGUAACAGAGGGUAAGGUAACAAAGGUGUUGGAAGAAU